UCCAGUCCUGCCUUCCCUGUUGAGUUCAUCUCCCAUCACCUGCCCAGCUCACCAUCAGUCCAACCCACCUCGUAAAAGGAUGGCUGUGAGUCUCUUAUGGAUGGGGCUUGCCCUGCUUGGAAUACUGCAGGCCCAGGCCCAGACCAGGCCCCAGAUCCCUGCCCCAGACCUGUCCAGAGUCCCUCUGCAGGCUAACUUCCUACCAAAGCAGUUUGCAGGGACAUGGUAUGUGGUUGGCCUGGCAGGGAAUGCCUUUACAAGUGCAAAUCAGGAUCAAUCUAAGAUGUAUACCACAACCUACGAACUACAAGAAGACAAUAGCUACAGGGUCACCUCCACCCUGCUCAGGGGUAAUCAAUGUGACAAAUUUGUGAGGACUUUUGUUCCAAGAGGUCAGCCGGGCCAGUUCACCUUGGGCAACCUCCUGAGCUAUGGAUUGCAGGACUAUGUAGUGAGAGUGAUGAAAACCAACUAUAAUGAGUUCGCCAUGGUGUACUUUCAGAAGAGUGUGGAUAACACUGACUACUUCAAGAUAACUCUGUAUGGGAGAGGUGAGGAGCUGAAACCUGCACUGAAAGAAGAAUUCACAAACCUAGUCAAGUCUUUGGGACUCACUGAAAGAAACGUUUUAUUCCCAGCAAGAGUCGAAGAGUGCAUUCAUGUUAAGGCCUGAUCGAGGUGUCCAAGUCCUGAAAAGACUUCACCUUCCCAGCUUUGAUCAUCAGACAUUCUGAGAUCCACAGCUACCUCCCCCCUCCUCAAGUGGGACUUCUACUUGAAUCAUCUAUCAACAAACAACUGGAGGCCCCUCUUCCAGCCUCUGACUGAUUCUGCAAGCAGAGAUUCCCCUCACCUAUUCCCCCUUUUAAUUGGUAGUAGUGGAAAAAUAAACAGUGUCAAAUACCAA